AUGUCCACGUACGAUCCCCUCAGCUCGGGCUUUGGCACAGACGAAGUGGAACCGCCAUGGCCAACGACACCGCACAGUCCGAAUUCUCCGAUCCCGAACCUCCCGCGCCCGUCCCACUCUCACCAUGCGCCGACAGGCUUGUAUGGGAAGGAGCCGCAGAUAUAUGGCCAGCCUGAACCAGGUUUGAUCUCCCCCCGCAUUACGACCGCCUCGAAUGGUACGAGAUAUGAGAAGGCGGAGCCGUAUCUUCGAGUGAGGAUAACGGGUUUGGACAGGAAUAGGAGAGAUAUCCUAGUCAAAUUGGACGCCCAGACAAACCUGUCGAAUUUUACAGGUACCACGUAUCGUAAUGUGUCGCGGUCGUAUCUGGAGUUCCAGCAGUUCUAUGAUGCCGUCGUGAACAACAACCCCCAGACUAUCGUCCCUGCUCUCCCCCUUCCGCGUACUUCCGCUCCGACGGACGAGGAAGAUGACCGCCUCGUAAAGAUCAUGCUCCAACGAUGGUUGUCACGUAUCUGCGAGGACCUCAUUUUGCUGAACGACGAGGAACUUCGCUCCUUCAUCGAGAGCGACUUCGGGUAUCAACCCACCCCGACCCGGCGCAAGGCGUCGUCUGGGUUUAGUCUGAUUCGUUCUCGUGUACCUGACGAAGAUGAGGAGCUGCAGCGGGCGCGAUUCGAGCUCACAAAGCUCGAGGGUCAGUAUCUUGAAGCAGCGAAAGCAAUUGACAAAAUGGCAAAGGUCAGAAAGUCGCUUGCAUCCGUCCGUGCGGAGAUGGGAAACAAGCUGGUGAACGUGGCAACUACGGAGGCGCACCCACCUCUGGGACAUGCUCUGCAGAAGCUAGGGCGUGCGUGGCACAGUGUGGCAGAUCUUGACCAGGCUCAGGGUAUUAGUGAAUGCGUUAUCGUCGGUGACUCGCUGGGUUAUCAGGGCCUGAAUGCACGGUCAGCCAAAGAGACCCUGCAACAGCGGACGGCUGUGCUGGAGGAAUACCAAGCGGCCGUCAAGAGCACGAUUUCGAAACGGCGAAACAUGGAACGAUUGAAGGCGAGCAGUAACAUCAAUCCCCUCAAGGUUGAUGAAGCACUAGAAGAUAUGGAAGAGGCGAACAAGUACGAGCAGAUUCUGGCGAGACGAGCGGAUGGCAUAUCUCAAAAUCUGCACCGCGCUCUGGACAGGCACAACCGCCUUGUCACAGAAGACGUGACUGCUGCUCUGGUCGAGCACGUCCGGUCAUCUAUCAUGUACGAGCGGCAGUUGCUGCGGGAGCUGGAGGCACUCAAACCGGAUGUGAGCAAUUCUUCGAAGAAAGCACCUCCAGCGAAAACUGCGGCCCCGCGGCCUACCGUCAUCCCCCCACUGGAGGACUUCUCUAAACAACCAAUCCCUCGCCCGGCCUCGGGCCCACCGUCCAACACGUUACGUGGCCCGCCCAUUACUGCGCCUGCACCCAUCUCUGCCGUUAACGGGUCAUCACAACCAAGCCCGUUCCCGUCGUCGCCGCUCCCCUCUGCAUCCAGCACAUUUAGAAAUACACUACCACCCCAGUCACCUGGAGCCGGACCGUCGUCGCCAGCUCCCAGCCAGAAUUCGUUCAUGUCCAACCCACUUGAUGGACCACCUCUUGGCGGCCGACUCGUCGAUGGUACCAAAUCGAUGUUCAUUAAGUCUACCGUAUCCCCGCUUUCGCCAUCAUUUUUGAUACCCCCGCCGCGCUCCCCUGCGCCCUCAACCAAGGUCGCCCCUGACUCCCCGUUGCAUGCACCAGUCGCCACCGCGCCACAUCCACUAGUGAAUUCCCCUUUGGGUCCUCUCGGAGAAUCACCCGCAGCUCGUCUCGCGAAUGGACGCUCUGCGACCCCUGCGGAUGACGGUUUGGACCCACUGGGCAUGGGAAGGGCACCGCUCAUGACGGGUUCGCUGAGGGUGCAGCCGACGAGGCCGAGGCUGGAUGCACGAGAGGCGGCAAGCAAGCUUGCUAAUAUGUUCUGA